AUUCUGACUCACUCUCUGAGAAGAAGACAGCUGUGCAUGCAAGGCAAAAUUAUAUAUAAUAAAGGACCGCUCGUUCUCAAUUUUUUUUUUCACUUGCCAAUCAAACCCAAAUAGAAGCCAUGGCGACAAUGUUGAGAUACCCCGUCUUUCCUCAUCUGCGGGAUUCGCGUGACCCUGGUCUGUCGCUGUCACCAGGGAGGAGUGUCAUGGCCGAGCCCGACUAUUUGGAGGGAGACUGCGAUGAGCUCAUCAAACCCAAGAAGUUGAUCAACCCGGUCAAGAACUCCCGCAACCACCAGGACCUGCACCGGGAGCUGCUCAUGAACCAAAAGAGGGGCCUGGCUCCUCAGAACAAACCGGAACUCCAGAAGGUUCUGGAGAAGAGGAAAAGGGAGCAAGUCCUCAAGGCUCAGAAGGAGGAGCAGGAGGCGCACAAGAAGAGGAGCGACUUGGAGAUCGAGUUAAUGAAAAGGCAACAGAAACUGGAGCAGCUGGAACUGGAGCAACAGAAGAACGAGGAGGAGCAAGAGAACACUCCUGAGUUUGUGAAAAUGAAAAGCAACCUGCGCCGGACCAAGCAGGAGACAGAGGGCGAGGAGAGAACCACCUAGAUGUCACCGGAUAGGCUGUGUGUGUGUGUGUGUGUAUGUGUAUGUGUGUGGCGACCUAACUGUGGUCCAAAAUGAACUUCCUGUCUUCCCACCCCGCCACCCCACACAGACCCACACAUACAGAUACACAACCUUCCAAUUCCUUCCCGCAGUGAGGAGAGAGACUUUUACAGACUAAAGACCCCCCCACUGUCUACACGCCAAGGACCACCACGAGUCGAACCUAACCUAGCAACACGCUCGCACUCACACACACAGGAGUUUUCUUCCCUUGCGUUUUCACGCAGCUGUCCUUUCUCCGUACUGUCACGGUGUCUGUGUCUUGUUUUUGUAUUUUGCGGGGGGUUUGUGUUUUCACCUACAGAAUUACGGGAAGGAAAAGUGGACACUGGAUGGACUCUCAACAAGCUGUGUAAUUGUGGGAAGAAAAAAAAGCCAAGCAAAAUGUGCUUUUCUUUAUUUAUGUUUGUAGAUUUUUAGCCCGCUUCUAGAGGAAAAGGUGGGCUGGGGGUGGGGGCGAGGGUGGGUCAGCUGGGAUGAGGGAACACUUAUUAGUCAUUUGUGUAUUUUUUUUUUUUUGGUUUUGUUUUGUUUUGUUUUUGUUUUACAGCAUUCUAGUUUUAAGAAGCCAGAACAGGACAAAGGGAGUUUGUUUUAUUUUGUUGUUUCUAAAAACAUGCCACUUUUGCAGCUAAUGCAUUUCAGAGCAGUAGAACUCCUCAUGGCAUCAGAGUGAAAUUUUCUUUAUAUAUCAUGUUGCUUUGUAUUAAUAAAAGUGUUAAAUAAGGGUUUUGAGUCAUUGGGGGAAGACUUCUCGCAUAAUCCAGGGUGUAAAAAGGUUCAAUUUCAAAGGCUUUUUGAUUAAAGUGUGUUGUUUCUUUA